AUUACCCACUCAAUGGAUUCUAAUUUCAGUCUCCCUUUUUAUAACCAGGGUCCAGAAAACCUCUCUCUCUCUCUCUCUCCGAAUUAAUGGAUAGCUACCAAACAUUUUUUUCUUGUUCAUCUGCAACACCACCAGCUUCUUCCUUGUCACUGAACAUGGCCGAUUCUCAUGCUCAUAACGAGUUCCAAGGUAGCAAGACUAAUGGGUUCUUCGGACUGAUGUCGGAGAUGGAUCAACUUCCAGUUUCAAACGCAAAUAAUGUUCCUCAGAGCAGAAGCUUAUUUGUGGGGUCUGAAAGUACUGAUGAUGACGUGAAGUUAGCAGGGAAGAAAAAUGUGGGGAAGAAGGUAAGAAAGCCAAGAUAUGCCUUUCAAACAAGGAGCCAGGUCGAUAUACUGGAUGAUGGGUAUAGAUGGAGGAAAUAUGGGCAAAAGGCAGUGAAGAACAACAAAUUUCCGAGAAGCUACUACCGUUGCACAUACCAAGGUUGUAACGUCAAAAAGCAGGUUCAGAGACUAACUAAAGAUGAAGGGAUCGUCGUAACAACUUAUGAAGGGAUGCAUUCACAUCCGAUUGAGAAGUCUACUGAAAACUUUGAGCACAUCUUGAGCCAGAUGCAAAUUUACGCCUCCUUUUAAGGAGUACGACAUCGAUCGGAACUUGCAGAGAUGACGUCUAUCAGUACUACUUGUAUAUUCUCUGUAUUUUUAAACUUUAAAUCCCCAGAAUAAUAAUUUUUUAUAUAUAAAAAAAGAAAAAAAAAAAAAAAGUCGCAGCAAUACCCAUUGGAUGAUUGGAAUUUGGACCCCUUUUGUAUUGUGGUGAUAAAAAAACAUGCAUGUACGUAGUUUCGUUUAUAAAUUAGGAAACUACUUAAAUUAAUUGGUGUACCUGAAAA